UUGUCAAAAGCCAAACAGAAGAGCUGAGGCAGUAGUAAAUGUGAAUCAUCGUAAACUGGCCACCUGAUGAAGCUGUCACAUGACUGCUGGCAUGUGUCAGUCUCUACCCUCACAAUUCAGUUUGAUGAUGUGGAUUUGGGCCGCACCCUUGAGUGCUCCAAUAAUGGAUGUAGCGUGACUGAUGUUUCACAGAAUAAUUCUGUUAAACGUUUAAUGAAAGAAGCUGCUGAACUGAAGGAUCCGACAGAUCAUUAUCAUGCACAGCCUUUAGAGGACAAUCUUUUUGAGUGGCAUUUCACUGUCAGGGGCCCUCCAGAUUCAGAUUUUGAUGGAGGAGUGUAUCAUGGAAGAAUAGUACUACCACCUGAGUAUCCUAUGAAACCUCCAAGUAUCAUCCUCUUAACGGCCAAUGGCAGGUUUGAGGUGGGGAAGAAAAUUUGCUUAAGCAUCUCAGGACAUCAUCCUGAAACGUGGCAGCCAUCAUGGAGCAUAAGAACUGCUUUGCUUGCCAUUAUUGGAUUUAUGCCUACAAAAGGGGAGGGAGCCAUAGGGUCACUCGACUACACACCUGAAGAAAGAAGAGCACUUGCUAAGAAGUCUCAGGAUUUCUACUGUGAAGGAUGUGGAUCACUUAUGAAGGAAGCUCUUUUACCAUUAACAUCAGGAAGUGCCUCUAGUGAGGCUGCUGACAAAGAAGCCAAGGAACUUGCUAGGCAAAUUAGUUUCAAGGCUGAAGUUAAUUCGUCUAGAAAAUCUGCUGAACCCACAGAUUUGUCGCAGUAUAACCACUUGGUCAGUUCACCCAAACACCAGCAAGAAAGUACAACUCCAGCAUUCCAGAGCACAUCCACCAAUGAAGUAUCUGAAAAUCAAGCCAACUCUGCCACAUCGAGUCAGGAAAGCAAUCCUCAGCCUGUGGCAAAUAAUACAUCUGUAAGUCCUCGCCAUCGACGUGCCCAGCAAGGAAGGGUACCAACUUCAACCAACUUCAACCAGGUUCAGCAGCCAAGAGUCAAUGCAAGCCACAUGGGUUCAAAUGUCCUUAUUCUUCUUCUUGUUCUAGCAUUAGCUGCUCUUAUAUUUAGGCGUAUCUAUUUAGCUAAUGAGUAUGUAUUUGAGUUGUAAGUUUCUUUUAUUCUUCAAAGCAGUGAUUUAGAUGGUUUAUUCUUUGCUGGAUAAGAGGCUUGUUUACAUACAAUUACAUUUUGUAUUUACUCGUUUUAAGUCUGUUUGUUAAUGUACCACAGAGUACAUUAAUAUCUGCAAGAAAUUCACAUCUUGUUAAUGGUGUGAGUGUGGGCUGGUAAAUAUCUGGACAAACUGAGCAGAUAACCAGAUAUGUCAUGUGGGAAUUCUGUUUCUGAAUUAAGAGGACAUUUGAGAGAGCAAUUACUAGACAUCUUUUGUGGAUAGUGUUAACUGACUGAAACCUAAAUUUGUGGUUUUAUGCCAGCAUGAAUAAUUAUUCUUAAUGAUUAUAAAAGUUUACGUGAAAAGGGCCAUCCUAAACUGAAAUGCAGGUAUGUUCGCAUAGCAACUGUUAUUUAAAUUAAACAGAGAGGAGGCAUUAUUAUUUUGUAAGAACAUUUUUUCCUAAACUACUAAUUCGGGAAGCGGGGGUGAUUCUUUAUCCUCAGUGAAAAAGAGGGGCCAGAAAUAGUUUGCUUUCCUUGUUUGGUUUUAAUUGUCAAGAAGAUAGGAUAAUCUUUUGCAAGAUUUGAAUGUCAGGUUUUUUUUAUAUUCAGUUGUGUAUAUUUUGCUUUUUUUUAAUUUAAAGAUUCUGGAAAUAAUUAUAACUUUGUGUAAUUUACCAAAACCUUUUGACUAUGAUUUGAUUCAGAAAUAUAUACAAUACAUUAAAUUUACUGUUUCAUGUGCUAUUGAUUAAAACAAAAUAAAAAGGCAUUUUCAAAACUCAUGAACAAAUA